AUGUCUAACUUGACCAACUCCAUGACUGAAUUUCUCCUUAUGGGGUUUUCUGAUACCAGAGAGCUGCAGAUAUUAUAUUCUUUGCUUUUCUUUCUCAUUUACUCAGCAGGCCUAAUGGGAAAUCUCCUCAUUGUCAUCACCACCACCAUGGACAGGAGACUCCACACCCCUAUGUACUUUUUCAUUAGGAAUCUGUCCAUUGUGGAUAUCUGUUUCAUAUCAGUAACUGUUCCCCCAGCAUCCAUUAAUUCCAUGGUAAACAACAGGAUUAUUUCAAUUACUGGAUGUGCAACUCAGAUAUUUCUGCUAGUCUGGAUGGCCUAUGUUGAGUUUACUUUGCUCACUGUCAUGGCCCGUGAUCGCUAUGUUGCCAUCUGCCAUCCACUUCUUUAUCCAGUGAUCAUGAACCCUCGGAUCUGCCUGCAGAUGACCUUAACCUGCUUGCUCACUGGCCUUUUGUAUGCAAGUUUCCAUACUUGUUUAACAUUUCAAUUGUCUUUUUGCCAAUCCAAUGUGAUCCACCAGUUCUUCUGUGAUAUCCCCUCUCUACUCAAAAUCUCUUGUUCAGAAAUAUUCUUCAAUUUGGUAUCUUUACUUGCCUCUGCUCUGGUGAUUGGAGUUGGCUGCUUUGCUUUCAUCACUGCAUCUUAUAUUCACAUAUUUUCCACUGUGCUCAGAUUUCCAGUGAAAGAAGACCAAAGAAAAGCCUUCUCUACUUGUAUCCCUCACAUCGUUGUAAUUACUUUGUUCCUUAUUUCAGCCUCCUAUGUGCAUUUACAACCACUUUCAGAUUCUGGGUCAAUAAAAAAUAUAAUCAUUUCAGUAUUCUAUUCCAUAGUACCGCCCUUUCUGAAUCCUAUUAUAUACAGUCUAAGGAAUAAGCAGAUAAAAGAGGGUAUAAGAGUAGUAAUGAAGAGAACAGUUGUUUUUUUUUUAAUGAAUAAAGCAUAA